CACCUCCACACCACACACCACGCCGUCACUCUCCUUGUGCGUGCGCCCGUAUUCACUAACCGUAGAUUCUCUCGCAACCGUCCUCCUUUGGCGUUUUCUCUUUCACACUUCUUUUCCACUUGUCCUGCGGGACUGUCGACAACGCUUCGCCGCCAUGUCCGACUCUGGGUCCGACUUCGACGACGGCGCAAGCGCUGACUUUGCGCCGCCUGUCAAGGCCGCGAAGGCAGCGCCCAAAGCCAAAGCAGUACCCAAGAAGGCAGCAGCCGCCCCCAAACGACCGAAACCCGCAGCCUCGACGACGGUGAAACCCAGAGCAAAGGCUGCGCCGAAGAAGAAGGCCAAAGAUUUCUCAGAAGAUGAAAACUCAGAUGUCGAUAUGGAAGACCCAAUAGAUGAAGAAGAAGAGUCUUUGCUCGCAGACACACCACCACCGAAGCCAAAGAAAGCUGCCGCACCCAAGAAGAGCAGCGGCAAGCCACUUGCAGAUAUUGCGAAUGAGAGCUUCGGCUUAGAUGGUGUCGACGAUGCGCCUCCCAAGGGCAAGAAGGCUGCUGGCGGCGCGAGUGACAAGUACCAAAUGCUUUCUCAUUUGGAGCACAUCAUGAAGCGUCCAGAUACAUACAUCGGCUCCGUGGAGAGGACAACGGAUAAGAUGUGGGUAUAUAAUUCGGCGACCGAGAGCAUGGAAUUUCGCGACGUCAACUUUGUACCUGGCUUGUAUAAGAUCUUCGACGAAAUCUUAGUCAACGCGGCGGACAACAAGCAGAACGAUAAGAAUAUGAGCGAGAUUCGCGUCACAGUAGACCGAGAGACUGGCGAGGUCUCGAUCAAGAACGACGGUAAAGGUAUUCCUGUUGAGAUCCACUCGCAACACGGCAUUUACGUACCAGAAAUGAUCUUUGGUAACCUUCUCACCUCUUCGAACUACGACGACGAUCAGCAAAAGGUCACCGGUGGCCGCAACGGUUACGGAGCCAAGCUUUGCAACGUCUUUUCUAGAGAGUUCACAGUUGAGACCGUCGAUUCGAAACAGAAGAAGAAGUACAAGCAGACAUGGACAGACAACAUGAGCAAAAUGGGCAAGGCCAAGAUCACGGAUUUCAAGGGAGAUGACUACACCAAGAUUACGUGGCGUGCUGAUUACAGCAAAUUCGGCAUGGACGGCAUUGACGAGGACUUCGAAGCGCUUAUCAAGAGGAGAACCCACGACAUGGCUGGUACACUUCGUGGAGUCAAGGUGUAUCUCAACGGUGAUCGUGUCAAGGUUACCAGCUUUGCCAAAUACAUGGAAAUGUACACCAAGGCUAUCUCACGAGAGCAGGGCAAGUCUGAGGAUGGUGAAGAUCGCAAGGAUGUUAUCAUCACAGAUAAGCAUGACCGCUGGGAUAUUGGUUUCGCCGUAUCAGACGGGGCUUUCAACCAGGUGUCCUUCGUCAAUUCUAUUGCUACAACCUCCGGGGGCACUCACGUCAACUACAUCGCCGAUCAGAUCAUCGACAAGCUCAUGGCAAUCGUCAACAAGAAGAACAAGGCGGCCGUCAAGCUCAAGCCUGCACAGAUCAAGAACCAUCUAUUCUUGUUUGUCAACUGUUCCAUCGUCAACCCUGCGUUCACAUCUCAAACGAAGGAACAAUUGACAACCAAACACAGCCAGUUCGGGAGCAAGCCCGUACUUAGCGACAAAUUCCUGAAAGCGAUCGAAAAGACGGAUGUCAUCCAAAACAUCAUGCAUUUUGCGCAGCAGAAAGCAGAUCAGUUGAUGAAGAAGACCGACGGUAACAAGCGCAAUCGUAUCAACAACGCCAAGCUCACUGAUGCUAACAAGGCUGGAACAAGAGAUGGCCACCUCUGCACUCUCAUUCUCACUGAAGGAGAGUCGGCCAGUGUGUUGGCUCUCGCCGGUCGUGCUGUGGUUAAUCAGGACUUGUUUGGUGUCUUCCCGCUACGUGGUAAGCUUCUGAACGUGCGGGAUGCAUCUAUGGAUCAAAUCAUGAAGAAUGUGGAAAUUCAGAAUAUCAAGAAGUUUCUAGGACUGCAGCACAAGAAGGAGUACACCAUGGCCGACAUGAAGAGCCUACGUUAUGGUCACCUGAUGAUCAUGACGGAUCAGGAUCACGACGGUAGCCAUAUCAAAGGUCUUCUCAUCAACUUUCUCCAGUGUCAAUUUCCCAGUCUGCUCAAGCUCCCAGGCUUUUUGCUCGAAUUCAUCACACCUAUCGUCAAGGUGUGGAAGGGUGACCCAAAGAACCCUAAAGGCUUGAAAAGCUUCUUUUCCAUGCCUGAAUAUGAAGAGUGGAAAGAACAGCACAAGACCGAAAAGAGUUGGGACCACAAGUACUACAAGGGAUUGGGAACAAGUGACAUUGCAGAUGCUCAGGUUUACUUCAAGGAUCUCGACACACACAUGAAGCGUUUCCACACCAUGCGAGCUGAAGAGGAGAAGCUCAUUGAGUUGGCCUUCUCGAAAAAGAAGGCUGACGCUCGAAAGGAGUGGCUGCGUGACUUUGUUCCCGGCAACCACCUGGACCUUACCACCAACGAGAUCACCUACGAUGAUUUUGUCAACAAGGAGCUCAUUCUCUUUUCCAUGGCCGACAACCUGCGAUCUAUCCCAUCUGUCAUCGACGGCUUGAAGCCUGGCCAGCGAAAGGUCCUGUACACCUGCUUCAGACGCAACAUCCGCAAAGAUGUCAAGGUCGUCGAAUUGGCCGGUUCUGUUUCCGGCUCCACCGACUACGCUCACGGUGAGGCAUCCAUGCAAGGCACAAUUGUAGGAAUGGCCCAAAAUUUCGUCGGUUCCAAUAACAUCAAUUGCUUGGAGCCCAGUGGUAAUUUCGGUUCGCGACUACAGGGUGGUGGUGAUGCUGCCAGCGCUCGUUACAUCUACACUCGUCUGUCUCCCUUCGCGCGACGGAUUUUCCAUGCCCAGGAUGACGCUCUCCUGAAGUAUGGAGAGUCUGAUGGUAACAAGAUCGAGCCUGAAAUGUACGUGCCGGUCCUCCCCAUGAUCCUCGUCAACGGGUCAAGUGGUAUCGGCACGGGUUGGAGCUCUGAGAUUCCCAACUUCAACCCUAUGGACAUUGUUGAAAACAUCAGAGCCCGUAUGGCAGACGGUGCUUCUAAAGAGGACAUGAAGCCUAUGAUACCUUGGUAUAAGGGUUUCGCUGGAACCACUGAGGAGUUGGGAGGCGACAAGUUCCGAUUCACCGGUACUAUCCGUCAGACAAGCGAUAACGAGAUUGAGGUCACCGAGCUGCCUGUUCGCUACUGGACACAGGACUUCAAGGAGAAGCUCGAAGACAUCAUCAAAGCUGAGAAGACUCCUUCAAUCAUCAAGGACUACAUCGACUACAACACGCCUGACAGGGUUCACUUCAUCAUCAAGAUGGAGGACAAGCACAUGGCCAAUGCUCUCUUGAAGGGUCUGGAGGAAACGUUCAAGCUUUACAAGCCUCAGUCUUGCUCUAACCUUGUUGCGUUCGACUCUCAAGGCCGCAUCCACAAGUACGCCACCGUUCUGGAUAUCAUCGAAGAGUUCUAUCACGUCCGUCUCCGAUACUACGAGAAGCGAAAAGCCCACCAACUGGAUGUCCUGCAGAAGGAGCUGACCAAAUUGAGCAAUCAGGCGAAGUUCAUCAAGAUGAUCAUCGAUGGCAAGCUUGUCGUUUCGAAGAAAAAGAAGGCAGUCCUUGUUCAGGAGCUGAAGAAACUUGGUUUCACGCCUUUCCCUAAGGUUGAUGCUGCCAAGAAGGAGGGAGAGCUUGAGGAUGCUCAAGAUGAUGAUGAAGAGUCUGAAGACACUGAUCUCGAGGUCAAUGCCAACGACUACGAUUAUCUCUUGGGGAUGGCCAUUUGGUCCUUGACUCAGGAGCGUGUCGAGAAGCUCAUGAAGCAGAUCGGCGACAAAGAGGAGGAAGUCGAUGCACUUAUCAAGCUCAUGCCAAAGGAUCUCUGGAAUAUCGAUCUCGACGCUUUUGUCGAGGAGUGGAAUACUCAGCUCCUUGGGGAUGCUGAACGCGCAAAGAAGAUUCAGCGCAUGGGUCGCCGCGCCUCUCAGAAGCUCGGCAUUGCCGCGUCAAAGGGGGGCAAGACCAAGAAGAAGAGAAAGAUGGGCGACAGCGACUCUGACGAUGACUCCGGCUCCGACUUUGGUCCCGUUAAGAAGAAGACCAAGCCAAAGAAGGAUGGUCUGUUGAGCUAUCUACGUGAAGCGGAUCCUCCUGCCAAGAAGUCUUUACCUACGGAGACCGCUCAGUCUACGUUUGGAUCUGGGCCUCCAAAGAAACAGGGGAACCUCUUGGCACACCUUGUCAAGACUGACGACAAGGUGUCUCCGCCUCAGAUUGACGGGUCGUCAAGCCCAGCUGAGCCAGAGCAAGCACCUGCUCCAAAAGCUGCACCUGUCGCUAAGUCUCGAGCACGCCCUGCUGCAGUAAAGAAACCCGUUGCCGUUAUCUCUGAGGACGACGAGAAUGAGCCCGACGUCUUUGCUGUUGUCGCCAAAGAGGAGGCCAGGAAGCCCUCUGUUGCGCCCAAGACCAAUGGCCGUGCUCCUCGUGCAGCCACGAAGUCAAAGUCAAAGUACACCAUGGACACCGACUCGGACGACGAUGACGACCUUGGCGAUGUCAGUACUAUGGUCAAGACUAUUGGCGGCAGCGCCAACGGUGUUCCUAUGUUCAAGAGUUCGGCUCGGCCAGGUAGCAGUUCAGGCAUUCCCAAGGUCGCAAAGAAGGCCAGCCCUUCAAUCAUCGACAUCGACGAAGGCGACACAACCAACUACGAAGCUCUUAUGCCCAAGUCGCUGUCACCUAAAAAGCCUGCACCUCUCCGCAACGUAAUCGACACCAUGCUCACGUCCGACUCAGAGGAAGACUUCAGCCUAGUCAAGCCCAAGCUCGCUACAUCUAAGCUUACUAAAGUCGCAGCGAAGGCCAAGCCUGCACCCAAGACCAAAGCUCCCGUUGCCGCCAUAACAAAGAAAAGUACAGUGCUGAGCCCUGCGGCCAAGGCAUAUGCUGCGCGCCUUGAAAAAUCAUCGGGUGCAUCAAAGGCAAAGGCCGCGCCAGCCAAGAAGGCUGUAGCAGUUGACUCCGAUGAGGAGAUGGACGAUGCAGAUACUCUUGCGAACGACAUUCUGUCUGAUGACGAUGAUGAGCCAACGCCGAAGCCAAAGGCAGCAGCUCGUGCUCCUGCUGCUCGACCAGGACGUAGGGCCGCCGCUCAGCCGGCCAAGUAUGUAGUCAGUGACGACGAAGACGAGGAUGAGGUCAGUGAAGCUAGUUUUGACGAUGAAAGCGACUAGCUGCAUUGAAUAAUUGGGAGGGACGGGUGCAUAUCAUGAUGGUGUUCGGUAGGAUACCCAGUGGCGUUCAGCAUCGCGACGGCUUUCCGUCAGUUUCCUUAACUUACGUUCUGUCAUGGGUCAAAUGGAUGUUCCUAUGGAACAGACGGCGUUGAUGGCCUUGUUUUACGAGCAUAUUUUAUUCCGAAUCGCGUAUGAGAACGCAAGCAAGUCAAUCUUUUUGUCAAUUUGACUAAAGUUGUGCUAUGCACGUGGUCA